AUGACUCACCCGUGGCCCACCAACCCUCACGAAAAGCAAAUCUUAUUAAAACGAUUAAGGAACAAAUAUAUGAGGCUGUUUGGACCGUGUUACCUUGAAGAAGAUUUAUCAGAGAUACAGAAUCCUUCUAAGACCAAUACCAAGGAGGUCACCAAAGUUCAGUAUCGUGUCCAGAACAUACACAUCCGCCAGCAACCCAAGACUAACCAACAGCUCAAAAUUGAAGCGCAAUACGAAAGAAGACGUUGCGCCCAAAGAACGCAGUAUAAUUUAGAACCGACCAUCACCAUGCCCGAUACUAUACAACUAGUACCAGUCAGGGAAGUUCCUGGUGAACAAGAGAACUCGCCAGUCAUGAUUGCACCAGAAUCAGCAACAGCAAUCGCAGAGAAAACUAUUGAAGACCAACAAGAAGAGCCAGCACUGGAAGUGAUACUCAACCCAAUCGAACAGGAGAACAUAGAGGGAGGUGAAAAUGACUUAUCUCCAGGAUAUGUCAUGAGUAAUCGAACUCGGAAAAGAAUGUUAUGGCUAUCCAAACUUCAGAAGAAAAACCAACUUAACGCUGAUACAAAAUGUUAA